AUCAUAAUGCAUGACAAGUCACUUUUUGAAGCUACUAUAGAAACAAAUAGCUAAUGUAUUUGUAUUGAAACAUCUUACACUGUAACAGAUUGCUUUGCAAUUAAAGUUUUGUUUUAUCUAAAAAAUACUAUAUUAAAUAAAAGUGGUGAGAGUGGAAAAAAAUAAAUAAACCUAAUUACCUCCUCAAAAAAUUUUAAAAAGGAACUUUUACUCCAUAUCACUGUUUUUUCUUAAUUUUUACUCUAAUAUACAUGCUUCCUUAUCAUAAUUGACAUUAAAAAGACAAACCUACAAAUAUAGCUAUAGUAAUAUGUAGAUCCUUUGUACAAAGGUAUAUUUGCAAUUCUUUCUAGCAAUUUAUUUGGCCUGUGGACCAAGAGAAAAGACCAGGUUCUCUAUGCAUUUCUGAUCUUUCCAAGGAUCAUGGAUAUGAGUUCAAAUUAGGUAAUUCAGGCCUUAAGUAGAAGCCACUUAUCUGAAAUGGAAAUAAUGUGCACUGAAGAAAUGUUGUGUAUUGAGAGGGGCUUGAUGACAAGGAACAGAAGGAUACCUUAGGGCUUGUUGACUUUUCUGAUAGGAAUUUGGCUAUAAUCUUAGGCUCUAAGAUUUAGAUUAAACUACAAGUAAUUUGCAAUACAUUUCCUCCUAUUACAGUGUUAGUUUCAUCUGUUGUCUAGAUUCUGUAAUUAAAAAACACAAAGUAGUUGUUGAUUCUGUUAAAUUACAGAGUAACCUUUAUUCAGAAAGUUCAAGCAUAAUUCAUUGGAAAGAAUCUAUGCUGUGCUUAAAUUUUCAGGGUUACCUUUGAAGUACACAUUUAACAAUAUACAUCCUAAGGCAAGUUCAUUUGAUCAGGUUUUGUGAAUGGUAUUCAGAGAGUGAAAAUCACUCCCCCAGGGAUACUGUGAGUAAUUAAGAUAAGCAUAGGGAUAAACAAUAGUUAUGAGAUCCUAUUCGAGAGUACACGAUGUGCCAGGGAUAUACCCUUUGCACAUUUGACAUAUUUUUAAGGAAUUGUGAGACCAUACAGAUCUCAGGAAAAUGUUUUAUUGUAAUAAUAAUAAUAACGUCUCUUUUAAUGUAUGUAUGUAUAUACAAGUCACCUAGUUUUUUCUUCAGUUUCGCACUAUCCUAAAAAAAAAACCUGUAAAUAAAUUGCAUUAGCUUCCUUUUUCCCAUUCCAUAGAAUUGUUUUAAUUAUGGACGCUGUAAAGAGAGUGCAUGCCUCAGUUAUUAAAGGAAAGUUCUCUUUAUUUUAAUUUGCAUCAAGAAGUUCAUUUCAGAUGUUGCUUCCAGGAGUCAAUCACUAUGGAUAGAAGCCUGUGGUUAACUUUUGAGGAAAUACUGGAAUUCACUGUCUUUCUUGGGCUUUCUUUUCUUAAUAGGCCCUUUCCGCUGGUUCAGAGUCUUAUCACCCACACAUUGGGCACCCUAGGAAAGCACCCUGGCAUCGCCCACCUGGGGCAGAUACGAAUCACAACCUUCUGCGAGUUGAUGGGCGGGUCAACACCUCGCCCAGCGCCGGCAGCAGUCACCACCGGACACUGGUGAUUGGUUGCGCGUUAAAGGCGCGGGACCAAUGAGAGCGGCGGCCCGGGAGAGUACAGGGAGCGCGCGGGAAAGCGACCAAUAUAAACUCUGGCGGGAGAUUCGUUUUCAGGGCCUUGUACCGUGAAACACCCUCGACUGGAGUGUCAGUUGAUUGCUCUCAUCUCGUGUUCGAACAUGGUGCGGACUAAAGCAGAUGGUGUCCCUGGCACCUACAGAAAAGUGGUGGCUUCUCGAGCCCCCAGGAAGGUGCUUGGUUCCUCAACGUCUGCCAAUAAUUCCACGUCGUUUUCGUCACGGAAAGAAAAUAAAUAUGCAGGAGGAAAUCCAGUUUGUGUGCGCCCAACUCCCAAGUGGCAAAAAGGAAUCGGAGAAUUCUUCAGGCUGUCCCCUAAAGAUUCAGAAAAAGAGAAUAGAAUUUCUGAAGAGGCAGGAAGCAGUGGCUUGGGAAAAGCAAAGAGAAAAGCACGUCCUUUGCCACCUGAUCACACAGAUGACGAAAAAGAAUAGAACUUUUUUAUUCAUCCUUGACUAAUGUCUCCUGUUUUCUCUGGUAUUCUAGGGUGUAAAUUUGCAUAAAUGUAUUUGUUCCAAUUAGCUUUGUUGAAUAGGCAUUUAAUUUUAAAAUGAGGCUUACAUUUAGUUAUUCAAGAGCAAGUAGUUAUGAUAUUGGAAAGUUUGUGAGAUUAAUUAUGGUUACUUAGCUUAGUAUUCAACAUAAUGUAUUUGGUUUCUUUUACCUGUUAUUAAGCUUUUUCUUGCUAAUGUAAUUGCAUGGUGUUCUAAUUAUGAAUCUACUGUAUUUGAGGUUUGCUUGGAUCUUUGUACUGUUGCCAUUUUUAUUGGCAUAUGAUUAUUGGAAUGAUGCCAUAUUUUUGUUCUUUUUAUUUGCUUUAAAAAGCAGAGUUAGAUUUUUGCACAUCGAAAAAUUCAGUGUUAAUUAAACUGAACCCAUACCCCUUUUUAAGAAAGUGGGGCAAAGAUGCAAUGUUGAAAACAUUUGGAUGGCUAUUUAUCUUCUCCUUAGAAAAAUUUAAGGACAGUUUAGUCCUAAGGGUUUAAAGGGUUGAUAAAGCUUCUAACAACAACAAAACAAAAAGAUAAAAUACUAGCAUACAAUCAGGCAGGAAGAUUCCACAGACUACAUUAAAAGAGAGGAAUUUUCCUAGAAUAUGCAUUUUGUUCAAUGCCAUAAAAUAUUACCCUUUGGGCCUAUACUUUUAGAGUUGGAAAUCAAUAAAACAUGAAAGGCAAAUUAUGCUAUAAACCCAGAGCUAUAUCUAAAGUCCUUAGAGCUACUAUUGUAUUCUUCAAGAUAACCAGGGGUAUAAUCGAAGAGGUGGGUAUAGUGUUACUUAGUAACUGAUGUUCUGCUUCCUUAUCAGGCGUUUUGCUUACUGACAUCCUGUUGUCAAAAUUAACCAUGUUUUAACAGGCAUGCUUUUCUGAAGUUUGUUUUUAAUAAACGAUUACUCAUUUUCACAAGACUA